UACAGCAUGGUUAGCUUCCUGUGGAGAACCUGCAGCUCCAGGUGAACCUGGAGAACCAAAAUGUCUUCAAGAAAACAAUCAAACCUACAGAAACCUAAAAAUGUCCAUCAACACGAAUCAGUAAAUGCAAAAAAAAAAAACUCCUGAUUGAGUAAAAUAAAUUAUAAAAAGUCUCAAAAUCUCACUUCUGUAACGCUGAAAUAUCUAAUCAUCAUAAUUUUUUAUAUUUUCAUGCAUAGUUCACCGCUGCAGCAAUCUGACUGGGAAAUGUCGCCCCCUGCAGGCUCAAUGUGUCACUGCAGGAUAUUUAAACUAUCAAACUCAUUGAUUCAGAAACAUUUCCAUCUGAUACAGACUUCCUGGUGUUUCCAGCGGAUCGAGCAGCAUCUGGGUCGGUCUGGUUGUGUUUGUGGGUCAGAGACUAAAAGAACCGGAGUUGCUAAAUAAAGGCCUUCAGAACCGGGUCAGACCUCUUUUCUGUUCCCCAGUAACGACGACCGGCCCCUCGGCGACCGCGACACUCACUUCCAGGUAGAGGAAGAUGAGGAGGAGAGAGAUGAAGCUUCAGCAGCAGAUCCACAGAAUUUCACCGAACCGUUCUCAGAACCGUCAGUGGGUUCAGAGGAACGAUCCGGUUCUGAACAUAUCUAACUCCAGAAGAAAAGGAGCUGGGAAAGCAGCUUCAGAACUAAACCUGGGUCACAUCGUCAAAACGGACCGACCGGACCGGCCCGGACUGCCUCAGUGUUUCCGUGGGCUGUUUUGGACCAGAACCAGAAGCUAUUCAGGUGCGUUGAAUCAUCAUUUCUGGGUUUGAAUGAACAUUUUGGUGCUGGGCAGCUUCUGCUAUUCCACUAAUAGUUUAGCUAAUUUUUGGUUUAGCGCUUUUGAUAACCUUGAAAACGUUUUAGCACGUUUUAUUCUCUCCCUGGUGGCACCAACAACCUUUUCAGCAUGUCAAUGUUCUUCUUAGGCCUUCUAACGAGCCAUCAUCUGAUCCAGGUGCGUUAAACCAAGGAGAGACUAAAACAUGCAGGAGGCCCUCGGGACCCUGCCUUAGACUAAAAACCACCAGAAACUUUAAAGGGGCGGUUCAUUUUAUAACUGUUUGGUGAAUAUAAUUAGACUAAGUUUCUCUAAGGCAGUGUUUUCUGAGCUCUUCAUGUUGGAGGAUCUUUGUGUUUGAAGGAAAUUAAUCCGACCAAUGAGGUAUUUUUUGAGUCUCCGGGCAGAAAUUCCUCCACCCAGAUCAUCAGGACCAACGGGACUCCGGUUGGAGCAACGGGACUCCGGUUGGAGCAACGGGACUCCGGUUGGAGCAACGGGACUCCGGUUGGAGCAACGGGACUCCGGUUGGAGCAACGGGACUCCGGUUGGAGCAACGGGACUCCGGUUGGAGCAACGGGAUCUCCGGUUGGAGCAACGGGAUCUCCGGUUGGAGCAACGGGACUCCGGUUGGAGCAACGGGAUCUCCGGUUGGAGCAACGGGAUCUCCGGUUGGAGCAACGGGAUCUCCGGUUGGAGCAACGAGACUCCGGUUGGAGCAACACGUUCCUUCCAGGUCGGAGCUGAACUCUGGACUCGGUCCGGUUGGUUCCAUCAAACCAGGUCAGGCAGAGACGGAUCCUACAUUCACCCAGGCGGUCUGGACCGACCCGGCAGCUCAUCCCGUCCUGUUAGAAUCAGCCGCCGGCAGCGGCUCCGACCCGCUCAGAGAGAAGAAACCCUGCGUCACAUUUACUCGCCUGUCACAUCGGUUCUUAUCCGACGGACCGAGUGAAGCAGCAGAAACACGAUGGAGAAGCAGCACCAUGAAAUGGUUGCAGAGAGGAUGGAGAGAAACGAGUUUUAGUCAGGUCUCAGACUCCAGUCCAAUCAGAUGUUGAUGCUACGAUUGGCUGGAAUAAACAGGAAGUAGAAGUCCCCCCCAAGCUGAAAGUUGGACUUUUACAUUUAUUCAAAGUUUGGUGCCUCUGCUAAGGCACAGACCCUCAGUUCCCUACGUCUGAUCUUAUUCUGUAAACGGGUUUCUGUCAACUCUUUUCAGAAAACACAAAAACCAA